AUGUCUCCUACCAUACGGCAGAGACUGUCGAAUCAGUGCGACGCCAAUACCCGAGAGCACGUUCCAUCCCACAACCCACCUAAGAAGCCCAAAGUCGAUCGCUCUCUACUCACAUGGGACGAUCUCCCCUCAUGGUCUCAGGACAACGAAUACAUCCAAACUGGCUUCCGGCCAACCUCGAACUCAUACAUCGAGUCCUUCUUCAGCUGCAUGUAG